UCCAUCCUUUAGGAGGGGAGAGAUGGUGUCCAAAACUAGGAGAGGUGGCGAAAUUGUCGGUGAUUCUAUAGAGCCAAUAGGAAAUGACAUACCUUCACUGCCACAACCGGAGCCCACACAGCAACAAAUUGGGCAGGGCGAGCCCAUACAGUCACAACUAAGGCAGGAUGAGCCAACCAUGAGGCAAAUGAUGGAUCUACUAUAUAAUCUUAGUGACCGCAUGAAGAGACAAGAAGAAGAAUUGGCCGCUUUAAGACAAUAUAAGGAGAAUGACAACCGAGAGGGAAAUGGCCAACAAGAAGGAAGCCAUACCAAGGUAUUCAAUGCGAGCCAAUCUGCUGAUGAAGGCUUACCUUCCUAUUCUCACCAUGAGACUAGUCCGAAGAAUGUGAGUCUCCACUCUGACCAACAGACAUCCACGAUCACAAAGAUCUGGAGUACUUUUCGUAAGUUUAAUCCUCCUACUUUCGAUGGAAAUCUUAAGCCAGCGGUGGUUGAAGAAUGGAUAGAUCAAUUGGAGAGUAUUUUUCGUAUGGUUGUGUGCACUUCUAAUCAAAAGGUGCAGCUGGCAAUAUUCCUACUACAGAAGAGUGCUAAGAAAUGGUGGGAAACAUCAGGACCGAAGGAUGAUUCCUCUCUUACUUGGGAAGAUUUUAAAGCCAUAUUGUUCGAGAAUUAUUUUCCUACUGCACUGAGAGCAGAAAAGGAGGCUGAGUUUCAUGCAUUCCGCCAGGGUGAUUUAGAUGAGGAUGAAUUUAUUGAACAAUUCUCAGAAUUAUCUAAAUACUCUACUUACCUCCAGAAACAUGAAGACACGGAGUGGAUGGCUGAACGAUUACUAGAGAAGGCGAGGCCUGAUCUAAGGGAACAGUUAGCCCCUUUUGAGAUCAAGACAUUCAGUGAGAUGUGCAAUAAGCUUCGAAUAGUUUCUCGGAGGAAGAGAGAGGCUAGAUUAGAAGCUGAUAGA